ACAUCAACUCUCAUUGCCAUGGACAAAAACGUACUGCAAUUUAGUCUACGAAAUUAUUUCAAAAGAAAUGCACCUAACUUUUGCCGUCUUACUAAUCAUUGGGAAUUUUCCAAUGUUUCUAAACGCUUACAGUAAUCAUCAAGAUGAGUACGAUAGUCCCAGUCCGGAAUGGAUACGGUAUCAGCAAGAAAGACAUCAUCCAAAGUAUGGCAAACAAACAACCCCGUUUGGAAUUUCCCUGAAAGAUCAUCAACACCAUCUACUGCAGCAGCAGCAGACUCACCCGAAGCAUCAUCAGCCAAUAAGAAAUAACUCAAACGCCAGGCCAGGGGUUAUCGUUAAGCAAGAAAAACAACAACAUUUCCCCAGUCAUUUGGAAACAACAUCCAGACAUAGUGGUGUCGAUAAGAAGGAUAGUGGAAAUCACUACGAAGAAGCCGAAUACGUCGAUGAAAUCGAAAAUAAUACAGAUGACCCACAACAGAAAACCGAAGAGGAAGCAAAUAAUGCCAACAGUGAAUUGAAAUAUCCAUCGAUUCAAGGAUUUUUAACCUUCCUCAAAUCACUCAAACAAACAUGGAUUAAAAACUCCCUAUUUCGUAUUGAGGAUAAAAUCAAAUUUCUUUAUAAUUUAAAAGACAAUUUAUUGCGAAAUAUUGAACGACAAUUCACGGCAUUAUGGACAAAUUAUGGAGACGAUGAUUAUGACGUCGACGAAGACGAUGUCAACGAAGGUCGCCGACACAAGCGUCACAAACGAGGUCUGCUGGGUGAAUCAACGAUUGAAUUUCCACCCGAAGCUGCAUUGAUGAGUAUCAAUUUUCUUACGUUUGCAGUAUUUUUGAUUAAAUUGGUUUUGCAAGUGGUGAAUAUAAUAAGAACCAAACAUGUUACAAUCUCAUCGUUUGGAAUCAACACAAGUAAUUUUACUAAAGGAUAAUUUCGGGCUGAUUUCAAGGAAGCUAACAAUUAUGGAAAGAAGAAUGAUGUGAUCAUUAAGACUAAAAGUUAAACCAAACACAACCAGUUAAAAAAUUAGAAUAAUUUUCAGAAAUUAAAAGAUUAUAAAUUAAAACUACAUGAUUGAAAAUAAAGAUUAAAUAACGAGAAAAAUUUGUGGAUAACCAGUAAAU